AUGGAAACACCACGUGAAUACCAUACAGCAACGAUACUGAAGUCCGGCAAAGUUCUCGUAACUGGUGGUGUCGGAUAUACUGGUUACAAGGCCAGUUGUGAAAUGUAUGAUCGAUCAACUGGCCAAUGGAGCACUGCUAAAAGUAUGGCAACACCACGUGCUUCUCAUACUGCAACCUUACUUAAUUCUGGACAGGUUCUUAUUGUUGGUGGUAGUACUUAUGGAAUGGAUAGUGGUUUGGCUACUUCAGAAAUAUAUGAUCCAUCAACAGACGAAUGGACACCUACGACAAAUAUGACAGUACCACGUUCUUUUCAUACAGCAACUUUGCUCGAUUCGGGAGAAGUGCUUAUUACUGGUAAUUCAGCUAGUUCUGAAAUAUAUGACCCAACGACCCGUCAAUGGAAACCUCCUACAAGCAUGACAGUGGCACGUUAUGAUGGUAUUGCAACUCUACUCAAAUCAGGAAAAGUUCUUGUCACUGGUGGUGUCGAUGCAGUCAACUAUCUAUCUAGUGCUGAAAUAUAUGAUCCAUCCGAAAACAAAUGGGACCCGAUUAAAAGCAUGAAAAUAGCACGUCGAUUUCACACUGCUAUUCGACUUAGUUCAGGCAAAGUUCUUGUCACUGGCGGUGUAGGAUACUCAGAUUUUUUGGCUAGUUGUGAAAUUUAUGAUCCAUCAACAGGCCAAUGGAAUGAUGUUACUAGCAUGACAGCAGAACGUUCUUCUCAUACUACAGCUUUACUCUACUCAGGCAAAGUUCUUGCAACUGCUGGCUACGGUUAUACCGGUUAUUUAUAUAGUUCUGAAAUAUACGAUCCAUCAACGGGUGCAUGGAGUCCUGCAGCAAACCUGACAACAACACGUGCUUCUCAUACUGCAAAUCUGCUUAGCUCGGGAAAAGUUCUUAUUACUGGUGGUGAGAAAUUGGGCAGUUGA